AUGGCCUUCACAACCAAUGCCACCAUCAAGACCUUCGGAGGCACCCUCCUCAAGCUCUCCCACGCCUCCGCAACAACCACAACCCCCAUGGCCCUCAACCUCUUCCUCCCCGCCCAAGCAACCCCCACCACCCCGGCCCCCGUCCUCAUCUACCUCUCCGGCCUAACCUGCUCACCCGACAACUGCACCGAAAAGGGCUUCUUGCACGCCCACGCCUCCCGCCUCGGCCUCGCCAUCCUCUGGCCCGACACCUCUCCUCGCGGUCUCGACCUCCCUGGCGAGAACGACUCGUGGGAUUUCGGCUCCGCCGCCUCCUUCUACAUCGACGCCAAGCGCGAACCUUGGAACAAGGGCUACAACAUGGAGACCUACAUCGUGAAGGAGCUUCAAGAUCUUGUCUUUGGGGAGUUUAAGCAGCUGGAUCGCUCGCGGGUGUCCAUCUCCGGCCAUUCUAUGGGCGGGCAUGGAGCUUUGACUCUGUAUUUGAAGAACCCUGGCUUAUUUAAGAGUGUCAGCGCUUGGGCGCCUAUUUCGAAUCCUUCGCUCUGCCCUUGGGGUGAGAAGGCUUUUACAGGCUAUUUGGGCGAGGAUAGGGAAGAGUGGAAGAAGCAUGAUGCUACGGAGCUUGUGAAGACCUGGAAGGGUCCCUUGAAUUGUCUUAUUGACGUGGGCACCGGCGACAACUUCUACAAGCAAAAGCAGCUACUCCCCGAAAACUUCGAAAAGGCCGUCAAGGACGCAGGUAUCGAGGGCCUCGAGACCCGCUACCACGACGGUUAUGACCAUUCGUACUUCUUCAUCUCGACCUUUGGAGAGGACCAUGUUAAGCACGCCGCCAAGUUCCUGGGUCUGUAA